AUGUUCCAGUCUAUCCAGCAGGUGUUUGAGCGCAAUGUGGAGCUGUUAGGCAGUCAAAAGUCUACCAAAGAGAAGGCUCGGUCCCUGAUCACCAAGAUAGUGAACUCGCUCACUGCAUGCUCUGAAAUUGGUGGACCCAUGGCAGCCAUGUAUCUGCUCAAGCAUCCAGACCACUACAAAAGUCACAAAUUCCGCACCUGCUUCUGGAGAGGAUAUGUGUAUGAGGUGAUGUCAUUGUCACCUGUGCAGGAUUAUAUAUGGCGGCCCACUGAGUACGAGCACAUGUCACUAUAUGAUUGGGUCAGACUGGCAGACAAACAGCGGAUCAAGCACCGCAAAAAGGGUCCCAAGAAAUCUGAAGAGGCUAUUAAUGAGCAUGCAGAUGUGGACUUGGAGUUUGAGGACAACUAUGAUGUCAGUGAUGCAGAAUUGAAGGGUGCUGGAGUCAGUGAAGAGGAAGAGGAAUCGGAAGAUGAACUCUUGCUCACAAAGACAUCAAACCAGGAGCUUGAAGCAGAUAGCGCACCUAAGCCCAGGAAAUCCAGGUCAAAAUAUGUGCAGUUCCAUGAGAAUCAUCCACAGUAUGAGACCCAUCACGUGAAGCUGCUGGAUGAGUCUGAGGCAUAUGUCCCCAACUUCAUUGGUGGUUCACUUCCCAGGAGAGAUGCAGGCAACCGUGAACAGUAUUGCAUGACCAUGCUCACACUCUUCAAGCCAUGGCGCACAGGACAGGAUCUGAGACCAAGCCAGGAUGUGCUCUGGGAUGAUGUGUUCAAUGGCUAUUCAUUCACAGAGCGGCAGCUGGAGGUCAUGAAAUUCUUCCAUAUCAAAUAUGAGUGCAAUGAUGCCAGGGACGACUUUUCAGCUGCUCGCAAAAAGGGAGGAAAGACUGGUCCUUCACCAUUCAACAUGGAUAAUGCCACCCUGGAUGACCUGGACACGCAGUAUUAUAAUGAUGAUGGAGAACUCAACAUCAGCGAGAUUGAGGAGAUGGUGCUGCGGACCAAUGACUGGACAGAGCUCAGCAAUGCAGAAAUAAGCAGACGCACACAGAUGCUGCAGGCUGAACAAAUCAUCCAGGCUUCAGGCUGGCUAGAUCCC